AUGACCCAUACCCCUUCAAAGCCACCUCCCAACUUGGAGACCAAUGGGGAACUGAAAGCCAGAUACCCAAUACUUGUGGGCAAGCUUUUAUGGAUCUUGAACACUGUCAGGCUGGAUAUCUCAUUUACUGUCAACACCCUUGCUUGUCACAUGUCCAAGCCUACCAAAGAGGCAAUGCAAGCUGCCCUCUGA